UUCAGGGAAUACGUGACAAAACUUCUCUUUGCGCAGGAAAAAUGUUACGUACCGCCCAAGUUUGUCGUUCUUUUCAUUUCUGUUUCCUAGUUUUAAUGUUUGGUUGCCAGAAAUUUGUUUGUGUUUUAUCUCUGUUGAUUUUAUUUUGUUGUCAGUCGUCACUUGUUAUCACUUUCAGUAAUUAUUUUUUUCUUAAAUUAAUCUUCAUCUUCAUUUGGAGCCGGAGUACAGAGUUAGAUUGCCUUUUAGUCCUGCGUCUCUUCGUUGCAUUUAGCGAAGAUAAUUGACAUGAACGUGGAAGCGAUGAUAUCAGGAAGACAAAAAAUAAGCAAUCAUUACUAGGAAGAGAAGGAAUACUAUGAAAGACAAUUUGCCACUCUGAAGUCAUUUGAGGAAGUUGACAUCAUAGUGACGUCUGAUGGCACCCACGAGGUAGACAGUGAGGAACAGGCUCAACAUGAAAAAGCAAUGAAGAUCUCCAACUUUGCAAAUAUAGUUUUGCUGGCAUUAAAGAUUUAUGCGACAGUUAGGAGUGGUUCAAUUGCUAUUGCAGCAUCAACUUUAGAUUCUUUGCUUGAUCUUAUGGCUGGUGGAAUACUCUGGUUCACUCACCUCUCAAUGAAAAACAUAAAUAUUUACAAGUACCCAAUUGGGAAGCUGAGAAUGCAGCCAGUGGGAAUAAUUAUCUUUGCAGCUGUCAUGGCAACACUAGGCUUUCAGGUGUUUGUGCAAGCUGCAGAACAAUUAAUCGAAAAUAAGCCUUCUGAAAAGAUGUCUUCCGAUCAGUUAGUCUGGCUAUACUCUAUUAUGAUAUCUGCAACAGUGGUGAAACUAGCACUGUGGCUUUACUGUAGAAGCUCGGGAAACAAGAUUGUUCGUGCCUAUGCAAAGGAUCACUAUUUUGAUGUUGUGACGAAUGUGGUUGGAUUAGUCGCAGCUGUUCUUGGUGAUGAAUAUUACUGGUGGCUUGACCCAGCUGGUGCUAUUUUGCUUGCAAUUUAUACAAUUACAAAUUGGUCUGGCACUGUCACGGAAAAUGCAAUUUCACUAGUGGGACAAUCUGCACCUCCUGAAGUUCUGCAGAAGCUGACAUAUCUUGUUUUAAUGCACCCUGAAGUUAAGCGUGUUGACACUGUUCGCGCAUACACAUUUGGCGUUCUAUAUUUUGUAGAGGUUGAUAUUGAACUGCCAGAGGAUCUCCCUUUAAAAGAAGCACAUGCCAUUGGAGAGACCCUACAAAUAAAGAUCGAGAAACUUCCAGAAGUUGAGCGGGCAUUUGUUCAUCUGGACUUCGAAUGUGAUCAUAAACCGGAACACUCAAUUCGAAGCACACUGCCAAACAGUGAGUCUUGAGUUUAUAGAACCCCGUCUAUUGGUCAACAAGAGAAUGUUCACUUAUGGAACAGCGGGACCUUUGGUAACGUUCAAUUUCUUGGAAGGAUGGGAGAGCAGUAUUCAGCCGUAUUGUACUAAUAUGGUUUUCUUGGGCUUUUUCACAUAUAUGGUAUAAGCAGGAAUUUAUUUUGCUCAGAUGCUAUAGUAUGAAAAAUAUUUACCAAGAUACGACAUUUCAAAAUCAUUCAGACAGAGAUCAAGUUUAAGUUUAUAAAGAACUUGUUUUUACCAAUAAUGAGUUUAAUAGGUCCCAUAUUAAAAAGUAUAGAACUCAUUCUCACAAAAAACGAGUUCAUUGGGUCCCAUCUUAAAAAAGUGGGUGUGAACAACUUUGAUUUUGUCUUUUA